AUGGCUGAAAGCCCUGCUUGCAGUGAGGGACUCCGCUUCCAGUCGUGUGGUCUUGACAAGGCAUCCGUUUCAAUCCAGACUCAGACACCUCCCAAGCAAGACGAGAGGGCGAUCAACGGUCCCUUCCAGAAACACUGCUGCCUGGCGAUGGCUAUGGCCGUCGCAACCCACGAGUUCAAGGGACAUGCGGCCCUAGCCAUGGAUCACCUGACGCCGAGCAUCUUGGCACAGCUGCUGGCUGCAGUCGUCCAAAUUUCUGCACGAGACAACACCUUGAGUGUUGCCGUAUUGCACACUCUGCAGAAACACCACCAAACUCCACCAAAAGGAGUUGAGCUGUGCUUCACUCCGAAGUUUGCAAGCUGCAGCCGGCACCGAUUCUCGGAGCUGUGUCACCCGGUGAUUCCGAUCACCCUUCUCUGCGGCAGAACGGCCAGCGGCAAGAAGGCAGGCGAUGUGUACAGCGCUGUGCAAGUGACACGGCGCUGUGGCACUGCGAUCUUCGACAACUUUUCUCUGCCCUUUCCUGCUCAAUGCCUGCAGCUGAGCCAAGCUCAGCUGGCCAAGCUCGUGUCGAUGUUUUUCCUACAAGUCCACCAGAAACUGAUUUUUGUUCAGCUCACUCUGCAGUGCGCAGCCACGUGCGGGCUGGACCUGUGA